ACUAUUUUCUCUCUCUCUAAACCUAAUACAUUCUGUCUUUUUCCCUUUUAACUUAAUCUUCGGAGAGUAUCCUGAUUCCUGUACAACCGCCCACGGAUCCUUAUUUUGCAUAUUUCAGGAGUGCGUUCCCUCGUCAAGAACAGACGCUUCUCGUGUUCUACACUAACUGCCUAGUACUUUUUAGGCUGAAACAGUUAGCAAAUUACCUAACCUAAUUCAAGACCGAUACACUUGUAACCAUGGUUGUCAUGCCGGUGGCAUGCCACCCGGUUGAACCUGGUUCAACCUGUGCCGGCCAUGAAACCGACAUGACACCACUAGUAUGACCGUUAUGAUCGAAUUACGCAUUCUAAGUAAAAUGACAUCAUUUUAAUGAACUUAAUGAAUAAAAAAAUUAAUUUAUUAUUCAUUUUAUGAAUGUAAUAGCUAAAAGUUGAUGAUAUUUGUUGGAUUGUAACUAAAUUAAACACAAAUAUGUUUUAUAUAUGAUUACAUACAUUAGAUAUUAAUUGUUUUCACAUUUUUUUUUUAAUCGGCAUGAACCGGCACAAACUAGUUCUACCACCAGUCGUACCAUUCCACUUGUCAAACGUGCACAACGGUAUAAACCGGUUUGAAAACCUUGCUUGUAACUAUUAUCGGUUAGCCGAAUAACCGCGUUCCGCGAUUUGUAUUUUUGGAUUAACAGCGGCAAGAACUCCAUCGGGGGCGACAGCGGAAUGGACGAGCGACCACCAAUCGCGGCUGCCACCGCCGGCGGUGGCGACCGAAUAUCAGCACUCCCCGACGCGAUCGUACAAAACAUCCUUUACCGUCUCGACGCUCCAAAACAAGCCGCGAGAACCAGCUCGCUGUCCAGAAGAUGGCUCGACCUAUGGCGAUCCUAUCCGGUGCUGGAGUUUCGCGACGAGGAGCUGGAAAACUGCGCCGAAAGGCUCAACAGUUUCGCCGGAUUCGCCGCAGCCUCGGCCGCGAGGCUUUCUCUUUACCACGAGGAUCGCUUCACGCUGUUGGAUUCGUUCAAGCUAUCGCUGGCAAAGAUUCGCCAAUCGUGUCCCCAGAUCGUGGCGGAAGGGUUCGCCAUGUUGCUAGCGUCGGCCUUGGGAGCCAAUGGUGGAUCGCCGCUCGAGAUCGUGGUCAGAAGCGGCUGGCGACAUAAGUUGCCGGAGGGAUUGUUGUCCAAUUGCAGCCGCACAAGAGAUCUGAAGCUCCAAGGAUGCGACUUGAAUGGGCUGGGAUCAGUUUCUCUGCAGAAUCUUCAGGUUCUUCAUCUCUACGACGUCCAAAUUACCGAACAAUUUCUAUACAAUGUCGUGGGUAAUGCUCCUAAUCUCGAGUCGUUGAGUUUGACAUGGCUUGAAAUCGAAAGGCUGGAGGUCUGUGAUAGAAAUUUCCCCAAAUUGAAAACCCUAAUCAUUCAAACACGAGCAUAUGGUUCGGGUUCUAAGUUUGAGCUCCAGCUUACAGAAGCCCAUUGCCUACAGAGAUUAUUGUUCACUGAGGUAGGGAAUUCGUGUAAGCUGAGAACAGUGUCCUUAUUUUCAGCUCCGAAGCUCACAUUUCUGAGAAUCAAGAGCUACUACAGAGGAGUAGUUGCACGGCCCGAUCUUGAUGACUUCAUAACCAAGUUGCCGUCUCUUCAGGUUCUGGAAAUCUAUCACGUUGGGUUGGGAUGUGAUCCCCAGAUGGAAUUCCAGCUCACUUCAGCCCCAUGUCUGAAGACUUUGAAGUUUAGAGGUGAUAGGGGGAUAUGCAACCUGAAUAUGGAAUCACGAUUUGCAGCUCCCAAUCUGAAAGUGUUGAAGCUCACUGUACUCGUGGGAUUUAAGCAGAACCAUCUUGAUGAUCUGAUUUCCAACUUGCCGUCCCUCGAGUCUCUUUCGUUGGAGUUCAACGAUGGCACCAGCAGGAAAAUGAGUAAGAUCAGGAUUUGGAGUCCUCGACUUAGGGGGUUCGAGUUGCGAGACUGCAGCCGGGGCAAGGAGGAGACGCUGCAGGAGCUUGAAAUUGAUGCUCCUAUUUUGGUUAGUGCCCACUUCAGUGGAAGUAGGUUCAUCUUUCCAGGCAAGAUUAAUGUCGUGAAUGUGUCAUCUGAUUGCCGAUUCGUAGUUGAAGGGUCUGAUGCCCCAGCCUUGAAGUGCGAAUGGUUUCUUGGAUUGAGGAAGUCCCUCUCAUCAUUGAGUCCUUUCCCUCUGAUUCUGAGGUUGCACGGCCUAGAUUUGUUCCAACAGGUGAAAUUCGAUUUGUAUGAAGCUGAAUGCUCCUCACCUCCAUUAAUCAUUCAACUCUUGCAAUUGGAGGCCACAUUACUGCAAUCCCCAAGCAUUCAGAACGAUAGGGCCCCUAUGGUCGUUCAACAUUUACAAUCGGAGAUGACCUCGUCGUUGGAACUGUUAGAUGUACAAAAUGGUGUCACGUUCCUUGAUGGUUUGUUUUGGGCGUGCCGGCCUAAAUUCAUCUGCAUAGCUCAAGAUUCUGAUGUAAAUCGCUGGUUUGCCGAGUUCAUAUACAAGCAAUUCAAGGACAAAGACGACGUCGCCGACUGUUGUGUUAGUGCUAAGUGCUGGCGGCAUGAACUAAGAGAUGCGAAGAUAGAGAAUGCAUUUCAUGACAAUGUGGAGGUUUUCAAGAGCGAGCUUUCUCCCCUUGCGAAGCAUGCGAAGGUUUCAUUUGUGUUAACAUGGUGUUAAUUAUCUACGCAAGUACACAGACAAGCGAGAAAGUUGAUUUAGGCAUUUUGUGUUUUUAGUGAAAAUUUAGGCUUUUCUUUGUUAGGCAUAAUACGUUAAUUUGAAAAGAGGGCUUUUUGCACUAAAUCAAAUUGCUGCCUUGGCAUUUAAGUAACCAUUGUGAUGGUUUGUUGUGGUGAAUGGUGUGACAUUACAUAAGGUUUACUUCUCUGGUUUCUACAACGUGAUCCAUAAAGUCAUAACCAAAUCUGGAGAAACUUAAAACAGAUGAUGUCAAUUAGUCCACGAGACUCGAACUCGAUUUGUUCCUGAUCGUCAUAUUUUCUUCUUAACCUCUGGUUCUACCUUGAGAUCGACAUUUAUGCAUCAGACCAUCCCACCUAUCAAGAUUCACAAACCCUCAAAUGGUUGUGUUGGUCUUGCAGCAACAUCCUUAGAACCUACACCUAAUCCGCGAUCUGAUCAUUGAUACUCACAGAGAAUGUCCUUUGUGUAAGUCUUACAUACUAGGGUUCAUCUGAUCCAAGCGGAAAUGUAAUCGAGCAUCGUCGAGUAAGGAACAUGAGCAGCAAAUUUGCCAGCUACCGCAACAAGCGUAGUAGCUUUCCCUUUCACAAUCACCACAGUUUAUCCAGACAGUUUAGCCAGCAAAUCUUAUCUAUGUUGGUUCAGAAAGGGAAAUCAAUGAUCUCUUCUCCCACAUAUAAAACCACAUUUGAAGC